AUGUUUGCAAUUCGAAUGCACAUGCACAAGCUCAAGUUGGAAGACCAUUCCCAGCGCCGUAUCAAGGACUACAUCACGCACCGGUUCAACCGCAGGCGGAUGCUGGCCAAGGAGGUGAACAUCGUUGACAACCUUCCGAAAGCCUUGCAGAACGAAGUCAAGUAUGCAACGGCCCUGCAGUACGUCCAGAGGUUGUCGGUGAUUUCCGACUUAUCCAAAGAUGCGAUCAAGAAGAUUUGCUUGGAAUUCGAACCGAAAGACUACCUUCCGGAGACACAGCUGUGCGUUGCUGGCCACGAAGCCAGCGUCGCGCGACUCCUGUGUGCCGGAACACUUUCGGCCAAAGACAUCAACCAGAUCGCUGUCGAGGUGCCGCAUGAUGCCAUCAUUGAUGAGGCGUGCCUGGAGACGGAGGAGCCUGUGAUCUCAACUUUGACAGUCACGACCGUUAGCACUUGCGAAAUCCUCACGAUUGACAAGCUGGCUUUCGCACGCAUUACCGGCAUGCACCUCUCCGACGGCCGACGGAGGAAGUUGAAGGCCAUGAACUCGAAACAAGGACCAGAUCAAGUGGUGCCUCGAGCUGCAAGUGACCCCCCUGGGCCGAUCUAG